UAAAACACGCCGUCUCCAGCGUCUUGCACUACUCUACACCAGUGCCUCCGCUGACAUCGUCUCCACUCACCGUCUCACGUCUCUCCACUCUUGACAUGGCGUUCAGAUCUCAGCGUUUCUCUGGCAGGUCUUUCUCCGCGGCCAGCAGCCGUUCGAUGGCUCCCGGCAGCUUCUCCAGCUUUGGAAGUCAGUCGAUGAUGGCUGGAGGUCUGCAGAGCGGCGCCGGCUUGGGCUUCGGAUCUGGAGCCAGUUUGGGCUUUGGGUCUGGUUAUGGCGCGGGUGGAGGUUCUCUCUCGGCUAGUUUGAGGACGGUUGGAGGCUCUCUCUCGAGCACAGGAGGUGGAGGCUCCGUCGGGGUGAGUUUCAGGGCGGGCGCAGGGUCUUUCCCAGAAGCCAUGUCCAAUGUCAUCAACGAGAAACAGCAGAUGCAGGUUCUGAACGACCGUCUCGCGACCUACCUGGAGAAGGUGAAGCGCCUGGAGACCACGAACCACGAGCUCAACGAGAAGCUCCGUGCAUUCACCGUCAACAGAGUCCAGAGCAGCUUCAACCUGGAGCCCUACGAGAUCCAGAUAAAGCCACUGCGCGAGAAGCUUCUGCUUCUCAUGCAGGACCACACACGCAUCGCUUUAGCCGUAGACAACGCCAAACUGGCCGCUGAUGAUUUCAGAAUGAAGUUCGAGACGGAGCUGGCCAUGCGUCAGUCUGUGGAGGGUGACAUCGCCGGUCUGAGGACCCUGAAGAAGGAGUACGACUCCACCAACGCCAUCUUACUGACGGAGGUCACGGGCCUGGAGAAGGAGUGCGCCGCUCUCAGAGACGCGCACCAGGAGGACAUGAUAGCCCUGCGUGGGCAGAUGAUGGGCACCGUGACGGUGGAUGUGAAGGAGAUCGAGAGCACGGAUCUGUCUCGAGUGCUGGCUGAGAUGCGCUCCGAGUACGAGACGGACAUCGAGAAGAACCGCCGGGAGGCCGAGAACUGGUACACCAAACAGGUGGAGAAGAAGCAGGCGGAGGUGGAGCUGAUCACAGAGACCACCGUCAGCGGCAGCUCCGAAAUCACCGGCAACCGCAAACAGAGCCUGAGUCUGCAGACGCAGCUGGACGCCACGCUGACGGAGAAGAGGAAUCUGGAGCAGCGUCUGGUGGAGGCGCAGGCUCAGUACCAGGCUCAGCUCUUCUCUCUGGCUCAGCUGGUGGGCGGUCUGGAGGGCGAGCUCACCUCGGUGCGCGAGAACACGCUGCAGCAGAGCCACGACUACCAGCUGCUCCUCAGCACCAAGGUCCAGCUGGAGCGCGAGAUCGGCACGUAUAAAGCUCUGCUGGAGGGCGCCGGAGAGCCCAGCAACCUCGCCGCGCUCAAGACACCGGCCUUGAAGGUGGAGGUUGUGAAGAGUGGUCUGCUUUCAUCAGCCGCUGCCGGUGCAGGGGGCGGAGUCGAAGUCCCCGCCCCCUCUGAAGCGCAGUCAGGUGGUUCCGGCGCGAGCGAGACGGCGGUGGGCGGAGCAACAGGGUAUGCUCUGAUGUCAUUGGCGGGUGUAGCAGCGGAUGCAGUGAUGUCAUCAGGCAGUCCAGCAGCUGAGAUAUAAUGUCCAGCGGCGCGAUGAGCGGGUCUUCAUGGUGGUGUUGAGGUCAUCAAAGCUCAACCAAUCGAACGCUGACGUCUCUCUACAGUGUGUCAUGUGACCAGCAUCAAUAAAACUCAAACUCUUGAA